GUAGCUGUUGCUCUCUCUCUCUCUCUCUCUCUCUCUCUCUCUCUCUCUCUCUCUCUCUCUCUCUCUCUCUCUCGCUCUCGCUCUCGCUCUCUCGUGUGCUCUCUCUCUCUCUCUCUGUCUCUCCCUCGGUCUGUUUCUUUUUAUUAGGCUGGUGGAAGCUCGACCAAUGACAAACGGGUUCGAUGUGAUUUCUGACGAUAACGACGAAAGCGAAGGUGGCAAUGAUUACGGUGGCGAUGAUGGUGAUGCUGCUGCCGAUGAAGCUUUCAUUGCCAUGAUGAUGGUGCUGAUGACGACGAAGUGCUGCACAUUGGAGAAAGAGUAUGCGCUAAGCAUCCAACAGAAAGAGGAGAUUAUACAGUUCCUUGAAGUGGAGCGCCAGAUUGCAAACGAGUACAUCCAUGAGCUCUUGCAGAAGAACAAGGCACUGCAGAGCAAGGUUGAAAAGAUGGCAUCUCCUGCGAAGGAGGGAAAACAGGUCAGCAGGAGUGGAAGGCAGGAGGUGGGGGAGGUCUGCAGCAUUCCUCCUCGUUCUGAGGCAUUGCUUGAGGGUCCAACAACGAGCGGCAGCGGAGGGCAGCCGAAGGCCUCAGUAGCAGACGAGGUGGAAGCGGGGUGCCUGAAUACGAAGUUUUGCGCGGCGGAACCUGUGUCUGUUAUCGCAGUGAAUCAUGAUGAGGCAGCAGCAUGUUGUGCAGAUGGCAUAUCGCGAGGGGAAGCAGGGGAAAACACCGGGGAACAGAGUGGUCGUGUAGUGAGCCAGGGGAGAGACGGCAAGGAGCAGUCAGUGAGUCGGGUGAGAGAAGCAGAGUCGGACAAAAAAUGCGUAGAGAAGGUAGGUCGUCUGGAGAAGGCGCUUGCCAGAAGCAGUUCCAGAGUCGACGAUCUGUCGCUCAGAAUGCAUGACCUGAUUUUGGAGCUAUCUGCUGAGUCACGACGGCUCUGGGCAACGGGUAGACCCGAUAAUGAGGCAGAGGAGUGCAGCUCUUCUUGGCGAAGUAGCGUGGAUCAGCAAAUCUCAUGUCUUGAGUUGGCUGUGCAAGACAUGGUUCUGGAACUCACAGUGGAGGCACGAGAAUGGGACCUCAAUGAGAAGGGAGAGCAGUGGGACGGCAGGGUGGAUGCGGAGCCAGACCUGCACUGGAGAAGCAGCAGGGAGAGGGUGAGCAGAGGGAGGGGGUAUGAGGGCGUGCAAGCAGAAGGACAAGUGCCGGUGCAUGUGGCAGCUGUGGGCAAUGGCGAUAAAGUGGAAUGGAAGCAAAAGCCAUCCUGGAGCUUAGGCGGUGGGAGAGAAAGGAGAGGACUGGCGGAGGGGAAAGAGCUGCAUGUGGAGGCACAGGUGCAGAGAAUUGACUCGCCUUCAGCUGCUGCUGCUCCUUCUGGCAGCAGCAGAAUCACUCCAAAUGGUGGGCAUAUGCGCCCAUCCUUGGACAGCUUUGACUUGCCCGGACGGAAGAGGGAAAGAAGGAGCUUAAGUAUUGCUCAGCCGCUCGGAAAGCACAUUCAUUCCGCCUUGGAUGGGAAGCAGCUCGACCUUACAGCCUCGUGGAAACCAACCGGUGACGAUGCUGGUUCCCGGAAACCGCCUAUUUCUAACUAUCCAGAUGGAAGGUUGUUGUUCACGAAAACAGGCAAGCGAAUGCUUGCAAUCGUGGAGGACCCUGUCGAGCAGGUAGCGCUGCCAAGUGGUCACGAAUUGGCACCGGGUAGGGCUGCGGCGAUACCAUUGAGAGUGUUGAAUGAGAUCAAGACAGGAGGCAAUCAAUGCCUCAAGAAUGGUCCGGAGUUGGCCACGGCAUCGCCGGGAGACAGAGGAAGUCCUCUGAAGGGAGGCGUCCUCGAAGGUCAGCCGCUGAGAAAGUCGCCACGCAAAAACAGUUCGCCGGACGUGAAACGACAUCUCCAGAAUAGACUCCCGAGUUCCAGGAGGAAGACGACGGCAACAAUGGAAGAGCGGCAGGCGGCAGACUUGGUGGGAGGCGAUCUCGUCUUUGGACAAUCCCCAAGGAGGGGGGGGCGGCGUUUAGAGAACCAAGCAGACAGUGCCUCCUUCGAUGACAGGGCCAGGGCACUGCAACCAAGAUUAACACGAGCGGGACGACCGUGUUUCCAUUCAGCACUUCAGAGUUUGAGUUUGAAGAUUGGAGGCAUGAGUGAGAAAAUCAAACGGUUGGAUUUAGGUCGCUUCGGUAUCACCGAGGAUGGGAUGAUGACUAGGCGGGAGGAGAAGGUUGGAAACUAGCCAGUUGGAAUGAAUGGGGGGGGGGGGGGGGGGGGGAAGAGCACAAACGCUGUGGUCCCUUGUUCGCGGAUCU